CGCCUCCCCUCCGCCCAGCGAUGUAUUCAGCGCCCUCCGCCUGCACUUGCCUGUGUUUACACUUCCUACUGCUGUGCUUCCAGGUACAGGUGCUGGCGGCCGAGGAGAACGUGGACUUCCGCAUCCAUGUGGAGAACCAGACGCGGGCCCGGGACGAUGUGAGCCGAAAGCAGCUGCGGCUGUACCAGCUGUACAGCCGGACCAGUGGGAAGCACAUCCAAGUCCUGGGCCGCAGGAUCAGUGCCCGCGGUGAGGACGGGGACAAGUAUGCCCAGCUCCUAGUGGAGACAGACACCUUCGGUAGUCAAGUCCGGAUCAAGGGCAAGGAGACGGAAUUCUACCUGUGUAUGAACCGGAAAGGCAAGCUCGUGGGGAAGCCCGAUGGCACCAGCAAGGAGUGUGUAUUCAUUGAGAAGGUCCUGGAAAACAACUACACAGCCCUGAUGUCUGCCAAGUACUCUGGCUGGUACGUGGGCUUCACCAAGAAGGGGCGGCCACGGAAGGGUCCCAAGACUCGGGAGAACCAGCAGGACGUGCACUUCAUGAAACGCUACCCCAAGGGGCAGGCAGAGCUGCAGAAGCCCUUCAAGUACACCACAGUGACCAAGAGGUCCCGGCGGAUCCGCCCCACGCACCCUGGCUAGGCUGGCCCCACCGCAGUCCCCCGGGCUGUCCCCCGGCCCACACUCACACUCACAGAGAACUGCAUCAGAGGAAUAUUUUUACAUGAAAAAUUAGGAAGAAGCUCUAUUUUUGUACAUUGUGUUUAAAAGAAGACAAAAACUGAACCAAAACUCUUGGGGAGGGGGGAGCAAUAAGGAUUUUAUUGUUGACUUGAAACCCCCUGUCUAUGACAAAAGACUCACGAAAAGUGACUGCUGUCAACGGACAGGUGCUUGUCUCUCUCUAGGAACAGACAACUCUAAUCUCGUCCCCAGAGGAGGAUUUGAAUGAGGAAAACGACACUCUGAGAAACCAAAGUCCUUUUUCCCAAAGGUUCUGAAAGCAA